AUGGCCGCCGAAGCACAAGUGAAACUAAAGGAUUUUGGAAACAUCUUCUCUCUCGAAGGGAAAGUGGCCGUUGUUACUGGUGGUUCAAGAGGUCUGGGCCUGUAUGCAGCUAGCGGUCUUCUACAAGCUGGUUGUUCAAAGGUGUACAUUACUUCCAGAAAAGCGAAAGCCUGUGACGAAGCUGUUGCUGCCCUUAAUGCGCUGCCUAACAAACGGCCUGGUGCUCGGGCAUACUCUGUGCCAGCAGACAGCUCCAAGAUAUCCGAAAUUGAGCGUCUAGUGGCAGAGGUCAGCAAGACAACAGACCAUGUUGACAUCCUCUUUGCCAAUGCCGGAGCUACCUGGGGUGAAAAGUUCGAUACACACCCUGAACACGCCUUCCAGAAGGUAAUGGAUCUGAAUGUUAAGAGUGUCUUUUACACAGUGCAAAAAUUUGCGCCAAUGCUGGAAAAGUCAGCAUCCAUCGAAUCGACUUCUCGUGUGAUCAUCACCGCAUCCGUUGCUGGAAUUGGUGUAGGUACCAUGGGUGACAAUGCCACUUUUAGCUAUUCUACAUCUAAAGCCGCUGCCAUACACCUGGCAAAGAACCUUGCUGUCGCUCUUGGACCGAGGCAUAUACUUACUAACGCUAUUGCACCCGGAUUUUAUCCGUCUAAGAUGGCAAAUGGGCUCAUAGAAAUGCAGGGAGGUGUCGAGGCAAUGGCUGCACAAACGCCAAAUGGCAAGUUGGGAGAGCCUGAGGAUAUCGCCGCGCUCGUUGUAUUCUUGGCUGGUAGAGGUGCGAGGCAUAUCAACGGUGCAGUUAUUACCACAGAUGGAGGGUCUGUGCUCAAGGCAAAAGUGUAA